AUGAGGAAUAUCAGCGGCAGCUGGUGGAGGAGAAGAUGGAGAGGGACGCCCAGUUUGCCCAGCGCAAGGCGGAGAGAGCCACGGUCAGGUCCCACUUCCGAGACAAGUACAGGCUCCCCAAGAACGAAACGGAUGACAACCAGAUCCAGCUGGUGGGAGGCGACGUGGAGCUGCCCAAGGAGCUGGCCAAGAUGAUCGAGCAGGACAACGAGGAGGAGGAGGAGAAGAACUCGGUUAUCGGCCAGCUCAGCAACAUCCAGAACCUGGACCUUGAUUCCUUGAAGGACAAAGCUUCGGCCACGCUGGAGGACCUGAAGCAAUCGGCGGAGAAAUGCUCCGUGAUGUGAUGGGGCUGAGCGGGGAGGGGACGCAGCGCAGGCUCUGCCGGGGGCUGCUGCCUGCAGCGGGGCCCCCAGCCACGUUGUCACCUUUGCCGUGUGUCACUCGGCUCCUCCUGAGCCCUGUGACCCCCUCGAGUCCCUGACCCAGCUGUCCCUGAUGUGUGGUUUUCGUUCCGUUCUCCGGGCUGGGGUUAGAGCCGAGAGCCAGCGUGUCCCCCCCGUACCCCAGAGGCUCCCCCGUGGCCGGGCAGGGGGGGGGUGUCCGCAGCCGGAGCCCGGGGGGCUGCAGGGAACCACAGCGACCCUGGAGCGCUGCUGACCUCGGGGCACGCUGUGGCUCUGCCUCCACCUUUCCACUCAGCCUCCUGGAAAUGGCCGGGAGGCUCCGAUUCGCCUCGCAAGGACGAGGCAGGGUGUGGAACACCUCCCUCCCCGCUUCCCCAGCCCAUCGCCCGAGAAACGACAUCCCAUCCCCGCAAGGAACACCCAGCCCCGUGCCCUUGAGGGCCCUCCGGAGGAGCCAGCCCGGAAAGGACCUGCUACACGAUCCCUGGGGGAAGGGAGGGCGCUGAAGGCUGAAUUGACACCAGACAGGAGCAAAAGCCCUCCCCGGUGCUGAGCUGAGCCCGCAGCAGCCCUUCCCCCGAGCAGCGCCGUCCCUUCUCCUGGGAUGGGAUCCUGUCUUUGUUCCUUCCAGGAGAAGAACAAAGCCAUGAGGGAAUUGCUCCCCGUCCUCCCGCUCGUCGUGCUGUAGUCGUGCUGUGCUCGGUUGAGUGUCCCUCACCUCCUGUGCUGUCCCCGUGCCACGGCACUGUUAUAACCGGUGGAAUAAAUACCAGGAGAUGUCUAUGCA